GCGGAGACCGAGCGAAGUAGCCUUGCAACGACAGCGCCAUGUGGCAUUCCGUCUGCGAUGGAAUGCGCUCGUGUUGCAAUGAUGGCGGCAGUUGCUGUGCGGGGGUUUUCCCGCGGAUGCCGUGCCAUCCGGUGUGCCACCCGUGCGGGCCGUGUAACCCGUGCGGGCCGUGCUCUCCGUCGCCGUGCAGACCGUGCAAUCCGUGCAAUCCGUGCGUUCCGUGCGUGCCUUGCAUGCCGUGCGACGGAGCCGGAGCCAGAGGCCGCUGCAUCUCUUUGGUGGCGCCCGGCGUCCCCACAUCCGGUGAGCCGACGCGCCUCGCCCGCCGCCGAAACCGCCGCCGCCGCCGCCGCCGCUGUUUCUUGUUCUUUUCCCUCGCCCCUCACAGACGGCGACAGUCGGCUGUUCAGGCCGACCGUCGCGGGGUCUCGGGUU